ACUAAACCACACCGAUGUUUUCAUGCCUCGUGAGAUCAGCUGAAGGCGUUGCCAUGGCUGCCGAGCAUCGCUAACCGGAUGUAGCUUGACGCUACAGUUAAGAAGCCUCUUGCUUUCGGAUUAACAAACAUAAUAAUCAUGUCAUUUAAAAGAGAAGGAAAUGACAAGAGUCAGCUCAAUAUUCUAAAGAAAAGGCGUGUUGCAGAUCUGCUGUCUAAUUUCAUCCCGGACGACGAGGCUGCUCUGAUGAGCAAUGGAAGGUUCACGUGUCUGGUUUGUUUCUACCGGCCAGUGUUUGACACCGUGGAGAUGCUGACGGUCCACAGACAGGGCAGGAAACACCUGGACGGAUUAAAAGGAUUCUAUGGCAAAAAACAAAGACUGAAGAAUGAAAUAAGAAAAAGCCAACACGAAAACUAUGUCAAGGCUGAGGACGCACCAGAGGAGCCGUCCAGUUCAGCCCCUUUACUGGUCCAAACACGCAAACUCACCCAUCACGCUUUACUGAAGACUGUUCCCUAUAACAGCUGUCACAGAAAAACCAGCACAAAAUCUGAGGAAGGACCACAGAAUACCAGCAAGGCUCCUCCUGGAAACAUUUGUAAUAAAAUGGCAUCUUCAUGUGGGAAAGUGGGAGUUUCUAACGAUUUAACGAAAAGCAGUUCCAGUGACACAAAUACGGGUAAACUCUUUCCCUGGAAAUCUUUAACGUUCGGUUUAUGUUUAAGAAAAAUCAAGAAAUGCUUCAAGGGUGGUUUUGUUUGCUGUUCUGAAGAGUCGGGUUGCUCCAAAGACGUAGAAGCACUUCCAGCUGCAGAGACAGCGGUGGCAGAACCGAUGACGGCUCAGAGGCGGAGAGAGCUGGAACACUACCUCAAACUGAAAAGUGAUGGAUGGGUUCAAGACUGGACCGGCCAGUGGGUUAAAGACGAUAGUGUGGAGUUUGACUCGGAUGAGGAGGAGCCUGCAUCACUCGCCCCGUUACCCACAAGUCCCUGAGAGGACUGAGACAUCAUGUUGUACCAUAAUGGUACAUUUGGAAGCUACAUGGCUGCUGGAAACAGCCUGAAAUCCAGAGUUUGCUAAACAGAUCAGCUUUUGACUGGUUGGCAUUCUCUUUAGCUUUUUGUUUUGUUUUGUUUCCUUCCCCGUUCGCAGUAGACGGUCAGAAAGGUCCACAGCCGUACCCUCUUGUUUGGACGUGAUUGUGAUGCCGUCACAUGAGCACUUGAAGGACAAACUACUGAGACUCUUGUUCAUAAAGAUCAUCAAAACUUUGAUUUUAUCUGCAGCAUAAACCAUAAGAUUGAAAUUAUGAAGUUAUUUUUGUUUUAUUGAAUACCGAGUGCUCUUUCUGGGAAAGUUUUUGUGGUAUUUAG